UAUUUUGAAUAGCUAAAUAUACACUUACUUUGUGUUUCAGAUGUUUAUAAAUUCUCAUACCGUGGUCUGUUUGUUUCUAGUGACAUAGUGAAAGGUUGAAACAUCGAAAUCAAUUAUACGAUUGUGUGCUACACACUUUUGAGUAACAUAGUGAAAGUAACUUGAAGCCCACUAUGAAUACUAGUAGUUUAAUAGAUACGUCUUCAGCAGAAGUGACCAGGGUCAUACCGGAAGAGGAAAUAUUACAAUACUUAUGUCCAUCGCUUCUGAAGCUGGACUACACCUCAAGGAAAGUGAAAGCGGAAGUGGUGUUGGCAGCCUUCACCUUCGUCUCCUUCAUAUUUCUUAUCACACUUGCGAUUUGCAAUGCCUUCCCGGCGUUCAGGGCCCUGGUGUUUAAACACAAGGUGUUCAUGUGUUUGGCUGUGGUCAGGGGCGUGUACGGAUUCUUCGGUCUAAUCGUGGGCGUCUACGCCAUAUUCAAGACCACCAACUUGGACAGGGAUGUUGUCUUCGGGACCACCGCCACCAGCGCCUUCGCCAUGUGUGUUUCGGUCGGCUUCUUUCUUUUCGAGAUCCUAGCCGUCGUCAUCUCCGACAUCGCUUUCGGGACAUUCUCCAGGAUGUUAAUCAUGCACCACAGCCUGGCCCUGACGGCCUACAGCCUGGCCAUCUACUACGAGGCCAAUUACUCUUACGGGAGCAAGGGGAUGAUACUCGAGAUGAGCACUCCUUUCUCCUGCCUGUGUUAUGUCCUCCUGAAAGCCGGCAUGGAGAACUCCAGAUCCUGGUUCGUCAACCAAAUGGUUUUGGUUCACACUUUCCACCUGAGGAGCGUGGUAGAGUGCUACCUGUGGUACGUCACCUAUCAGAACUGGGGUAACAUUUGGCACCACAUGCCAGUGCCCCUCUUGACUCUGCUCUACGCCAACCUCGUUCUGGUCACCUUCUUGAUGACGCCAUACUGGGGCUACAAAAAAACACAGCAACUCUUCAACCCGGUGGAUUGGAAUUUCCAGGAAACAAAAAACACGGACAAGUUAGCAUCCAAAAAGGAAUGAAACAAAUCAGUCUCCGUGACCCGGAAAUGAGACGUAGAUAUUUUUAAUUUACUUUCUUCUGCGUUCUCUUCAGGACUGCUUUAGAAGUUUAAAAAAGCUAGUUCAAAAUAUCACUUAUGGUCCAAACUAAAAAGUGUAACAUUUGAGUGAUGCCGUGUUUUUUUUGUUACUCCUUUUAGAUCUGCUAUGUUGGAACUAAUUACAAAGAGUAAAGGGGACUAACUUUGCUUUAAAACCAGGAAGUUUGUCUAAACAUUUGUUUUGUAUCCCGUUUCCGUACAGACAGUCUACAGUUAGAAAGGAAGUUAAUUUGGAGAAAUUAUCCGAUUGUGAAGUUAUUAUAUUUGUUCUUGAUUGUGUAUUUAUUUUAGGAGUAUUUAGUUAAGUAUGUUCGUGUCUUUUUUUAAUUAUGUGUAACAGGAAAUUAUAACAGUUAAUGUUGUCAUGUAAGUGGUAUCACGUUUGGAAACAUUUACUUACUUGUCAUAAAUAGUUUUGCAUGCAACAGGCUUACAGUUGACUUAAGUGGUCGUAGGGAAAGUACGAGGACGAUAAACUAAAGGUCACGAGUUCGGAUCAUGCCUGUCCUGUAUUGAUUCUUAUUUCAGGCUUGUAUUGGAGAUUGUCUAAGUUUCCCCUCGUCCUUGACUCUUGGUAGCCAUUAUGGGUACAUCAAUAUCUCUACGCUUUGCCAUCUGCGAUUUGAUUUGGAUUGUUUCUGUUACCUAUUUUUCCCCAUCAUACGGACCAUUGUCUCGGGGGAUAUAACUGGUUGAAAUAUACAGCACUAAUGUUGAAUUGGUUAUGUACAUAACUGAUCACUUUAAUGUCAAUGAAACAUUUCAUACAACGAAGGGUUUCCCUCAUCUGGGCCCCAUCCCUUGUCUAUCGAUUCAGAAACCAUAUCAGUAACCUCCCUGAAACUAUUGGGCCUUGGUUGGUAUUUAUAGAUUUUAAUCUCUAUGAAGGCCUAUCUCGUGACUUGCAUCGGACUCGGCGGUGUAAGCAUAAUUUUAUAAUUGAGAUAUUGUAAAGUGUCAUUAAUUGCUGUUUAAUUGGUUAAUGUAUACAUAUAUUUUUUUUAAUUUCUACGAAUAAGAAUUGAACAUGUAGGCAGUGAGAGGGUUUAUUUUGCAAGCCAUUGUUUUUAUUGAGAGUGAUUGGCCGAGUGACUGUGUGUGUGUGUGUUUAUGUUAGUGUGUGGAGCGGAAUGUCAGAAUCUUUCACUGAAAUAAUUUCAUCUUACAGCGAAUCAUUUAGCCUUAAUGCAUUGAAAUAUAUUCAUUUUGAGAUGGUGUUACAAUUAUAAUGUUCAUAUUAUUUGUGAUAUAUUUAGACCAUAGCAAUUAGCAACUGAUACAUAGUGAUACUGGUUUGCAUAAUUGCCUGCAAUAAAUUACAGAUGAAUGAAAAUUGAUUAUGUAUUUAUAUGUAUAAAGAAUACGUCAUUAAAUUGUAUAUGGUCAAUAAACUUUUUAUUAUAAA